CAUCGUCGGUCCAGUGUCGUUAUCGGGUGCAGGGUAUAAGCAUGUGCGUCCACAGAUCACCAUUAGUGCAUUUUAUCUGUAGCGGCAGUCAUCACUGUGUUGGAUGUAGAUAAAUAUCUAAUUCGCAAAUAUAUCUUAUCAGGCUAUUAGUAAAAGUAGUCCAUCGCGAGACACACGUGUUGAGCGGUCGUGUUGUGAUGUAGCUUUUGUUUUGUUUCACUGUUUUUAACUGUUACCAUGACUGAGGGAUCGGUUUUGGUUUUACAUGAGCUGGAAAAACUGAGCCCAGACUCCCCAAAGGAUACCGAGCCCCGAAAGGAGGAGGAUAAUCAAAAAUGGCAGAUCAUCCUGGAGCCUGUGUUUUUGGGCUCCAUGAUGGCCAUCACUCUAGGCCAGACCUCGCUACAGAACUUCUACCUGAGGACGGCGUGCACAGUCGACUUGGGGAAGAACCACAGCAUCUGCGACCGAGGGGUUGGAGAUGAAUUCCGUGCCGCUGAGGCAGCAAGUCAAGAAAUAGUGGCGGGUUACAACGUAAGCAGAACUUUCGUGGGGUGUUUCAUCUCUACCGUGGUUCUGAUGUUCGUGGGCCCUUGGAGCGACUGCAGCGGGCGUCGGAAGCCCUUGCUCAUUAUGUCUUUGGUCGGCAUGAACGUCAUGACGCUGACCAUCCUCCUGCUACUGACGUUCCCUGGAGCGCCUACUUGGGUGGUGCUGUAUGCCGUGCAGCUGCCUUUAUCGAUGGGGGGAAAUUUUGGUCUACUGUCAGCAGCAUCGUUUAGCUAUAUUGGAGAUGUGUGCCAUUCCACAAAUCGCGACGUGACACGCACCAUGGGCGUGCAUCGCGCAACGCUGCAAGUAGCCCAGGUGGUGGGCUCCGUGAGCGGGCCGCGCCUCUACCGGCACCUCGGAUUCUACGGUGUGUUUCCCCUUGUUUUAACACUGCAGUUCCUGUCUCUAGUGUACGUUAUAUGGGUGGUCAAGGAUGUGAAGGUUAACAAGGAAAAUUCGGUUUCUGUGCUGGACUGGAGACUCCCCAUCAACGCAGUCAAGUGUCUGGUGCGGAAAAGAGAAGGGUAUAGGAGAACCAUCAUAAUAUUCAUGAUGAUCGUUGCAUUAUGUGACAGAAUGUAUAUUUCUGCGGACACGUUGCUCGGCUACAUGUACUUUAGAUACAAGUUCCAUAUGGAUGACAUCCUAUAUGGUUCUUAUUUGGCCUACAAGAACGUCAUUUGUUUUAUCGGUACUCUCCUGAUUUUGACGGUGUUAAAGCGGCGGCUCCGGCUGUCAGACGAAGUGGUUGGAGCCCUAAGUUGCAUAUCUCUUAUUAUCUCCCAAUUUGGGCUUAUUAUAGCAUCAUCAAUAAUCUUCGCAUUUGCAAUUCCUUUGGUGGGAAUUAUAUCCCAGGGAUCGCUAGUAGUGCACAGGCCUAUAAUCAACAAGCAAAUCCUGCCAACAGAACAAGGGAAAAUUUUCGGUAUUCUUGGCGCGCUGGAGUCAGGGACACAAACAUUGUCUUCCCCGUCGUUUUCAUAUUUGUACAGCAGAACUGUCUCGACCAUGCCAGAUGCGUGGCUGAUACCAGCAAUCGCUAUGAGUUCACUACAAGUGGGCGCUUAUAUGUUAAGCAAAAAGCUGCGGCUCAAGAUGACUCAAAACACCGAAGAAGUCCCCAAGAAAGAGGUGCCUUUGAAGAAUUUUAACCAAAACGACGCUGAAAAACCGUUGAAAGAAAACCAAGAUUUCAGUCUAAAUGGCACAGAAGUCAAAAGUUGAACUGUUUUGGCUCUAGGUAUCUAAAUUUUAGCAAUUUUGUAAUUAAUAACUUAACUUAUUCGACGUGUUCUGUUGCUGGAUCGGCCUGGAAAAAAUAUAUUUUUUUGCCAAUUCCAGCUGGUGAUAGACGAUCGCAUGUAUUUUCAUAAUUUAGUUUUUUAUCAAAUGAUCAAUUGUGACUCUAUCUUUAUUUUUCUAGCUGACAUUAGUCCAAAUAAUUAGUUUUGGUCGGAGAAGAGUUUUGUAACAUACUUUUGAGAAUCUGCCAAAGUUUGUGCCUAUUUGUAAUUGCUAUUGAGCCACUAUAGAUCUGGGCAUGUAUCUAAAGAAAAUAAUUAAGAGGCAUAUAGCCACUUGUAUGUAUCCCGAAUACUUACACCAAUUACUUAGAAUAAUCUUUUUUAUACAAAUAAAGAUAUUUUUCACAAAAAAA